UCUAGCCGAGUUGCCUCUGGCCUUUUCCUGUCCCCCAGCCAGUGCUGGGAGCCGGGACAGAGGGGUCAAGAACCAACCCGGGUCAACGGUUGGUCAACGAACCAACCCGGGUCAACCCGGGUCAAGGGCGCCGAGGUGCUGUUGGGACCCGAAGCAGAGUAAGAACCUCGGGACCAGGGGUCCACACCCCUCCUCCAUCAGACCCAAGAGCCGGUCCCCAGCCAUCUGCCACGCCAGUGCCCAGGAGUUAAGCUCCCAUCCUUCCCCACCCAGACUCAUUACCCUGACCCCAGCCCCCUCCACCCCAACGCGACCACACGGGGGCCUCAUCUGGGAGGCCCAGAUGAAAGUUCUAGUCAGAGAGGGGUCGGUCUGCGAGAUCCUGGAACAAUAGGCGGGGCCUCCCUUUGUUGCCGUCCAAUCAGACUCAGAGUUGGGUUUGUGGGCGGGGCCAAGGAAACUGGCCCAGAGUGUCUCUAGAGAAGUAGGCGCCCCAAGGAGAAAGGAAGAGGGACUCUGUGGGAUUGAGGCGACCUUCGAGUCUGUCUCCAGUCAUAAAGCUCUCCACGUGACGUGACCAACCUCACCCUCGAUCCACAACGUCCUCAAUUUUAGCCGUGGCAAAUAGAGUGGAAGGACGUGGCCUGCUCGUCCCCUCUAAAGGCCCCCAGCCUGGAUUCGGCCCUUCAGCGAACCCUAGUAUUCCAGGGUGCAACAUUCAAGGUCAAGGUCGGGCAGCGGCUGUCUAGGGUGCAGCGGGACCCCGGACUCCUCGGUUUCCUAACCGAGAAGGGGGAGCCCUGCAAAUUGAAGGGGGGGUCUUACUCUCGGGGAAGGGGUUCUUUCCGGUCAGCGAUCACCCCUUCCGUGUGGGGUGGGCGGACCCUCCCCGGGGUUCUGCUGGGGCUGAGUGCUCCGGGGAAAUGGGUCCCCAAGUUGCCCUCCUGGUGGUGGCGCUAGCCGGCUGCCUGCUUCCUGCCCGGAGCUGUGUCACGUGUGAUCGAAGGGUCGUGGCCGCGCUGGACGCCUUGGAAAAGGAAUACCUGCCUACCCACCUCGCCCCCGAGCGUCACAGAGAAGUGAUGGAAAAGAUAAGAGAAACCGUGAGGAAUUUCCGGGACCUACCAGAUUUAGAGGAUACCUUUCUGGGGGUUAUCGAUGAGGCCACAAUGGAAACGUCAGUCUUGAGUUUUCUGAGGAGUGUGAGACUUAUCAGAAACAGUGAUGUAGCAGAUGACACUUUCGUGAAGGAGUUCUCCUGGAUGUUGACUCUGGAAAAGGCAGCCUUUCGUGGCUACGUCACUCGAUUCCAAAGAGAGGAUUUCUGUCCCAACAAAUGUGGUACAAUGCUGCAGCUUCUGAUCUGGUGCAGUAACUGUAGAAAGCAGCUUCACGUUUGUCGAAAAUACAGAGACUGUGGGGUGCGCCAAAUCAACAUCCGUGAAACGGAAGACCUGAUCCUGGACUGUGAGCUCGACUGGCAUAAAUUAUCUCAAGGCCUGACCUAUUACAGCUUUUACAGGGUUUGGGGGAGCAAUUCUGAGACCUUGGUGUCCGAGGGGAAACGGCCCACCCUGAUCAAGCGACUGGUGAGGCCAGAGGAUGCGGGUAACUACCGCUGCGAGUUGGGCACUGAGCGAUCCGGCCCAGCCACGGUCAUCCGUUUUGAAGUCACAGUGUUGCCCAAAAGAGUCAUUGAGGAGAUCCCGAAAUCAAAGCCCGGGACCCAGUCUCAGCGGUUUCGAUCCCUCAAGCCGUCAGAGUGUCUGAAUCCCAAGGAUGCGCUGAGAGGCUUUCUGUUCGAGAUGCUGAUCUGGGGCCUUGUGUUUCUGAUGCUCGGCUUCGCCACCUCCGUACUUUGCUUUAGGUCUGGGACCCUGAUCGAUUCGGUCAAGUCCUGGGUCCGUACCGACAAGGCAGCAGCCCCAGAGGACCAGGGUCCACAAAGUCGGCUGUCACAGACCCAGCUAUCACAGACCCAGCUAUCACAGAGCCAGGUGUCACAGACCCAGCUUCCCAAGGUACCGAACGAAGAAAAAGGCCACAGCACCAAGGCUUAAAUAAAGAUUGAUCUGGUUGCCUAAA